AUGGACAAGUUAAUAAAUGGUAUCAUUCUAUCACAACAUGAUGACCAAAUAAAGAGACGACUCUUUGAGGCUGUGUUUGAUAGGACACCAUUCCAAACAGACCAAUCAAUCAUUGAAGUAUUAGAUAUAGUUUAUAAAUACAUUGAAAUGAAACAAAAUUUUAAAUGGUGUAUUUGUAUUAUUAGACAAUUGGUCGAUCAAAGAAAGAGAAUUAUGAAUAGUUCAUCAUCUUCUCCAAUAGAUACAUUGGUUCAAAUAUCAAAUUACUUUAAUCAACAAAGAUCAGAGACUGUUCACAAAAAGAUGUUGUUUGCAGAGACUAGUUCAAAUCAUGUUGGUGUAUCUGAUUACAUUGAUUUUCUCUUUAUGUUGGUGAUUGACUGUCGUCUAGUCGUUGUACAACCAAAUAAUAAUAAUAAUAGGUAUACUGAUCCAUUAAACCCAUUUCAAGGAUUUGAUGCUCAAAUGGUGUCUGGGACUGCCAAAGCUAUCAUUACUAUUCAUCGAAACUCUAUAUCAAAUAUAUUACUUUUUAAAUUGGCAAAAAUGGCAGUUACUAUCAAUAGAUAUGUUCCAAUUCUUGUAAACCUUGAGAGAGAGAGAAUACAGACACCUCUUAUAAAGGUGUAUUUAGAGUGGUUGUCUAAUCUUUCUCUGUCAAUAGAGCCUGCUACCUAUGACGAAUACAUGACGUCAUAUCUGGGUAUACUCUCAAUUCUAUGGGAUAACUAUAGUCUACCAAAAAUGGAAUACACCCUAUCCUUUAUGCUCAAUAGAUUAAAUAGUCAAGAACAUGCUUUAUUAAUUGUACAACAACAACAACGAGAAAUUGAAAAACAAAAAGAACAAGAACCAAAGACAGAGACAGAGAAAGAGAAAGAGAAAGAGAUAGAGAUAGAGAAAGAGAAUCAAGAACAAGAACAAAAAGAAGAACAAAAAGACAUAGAAUUAGAGAUUAUUAAUUCAAUUUCACCUUCACUAUCAAAUAUAUUGAAUCUAUCACCAAUUGAAUAUAUUCCAAUAUUUGUUCCAUUCAUUGUCAAUAAUGAUAAUGUUAGUGACAUUGAAUUAUUUCAAACUAUUCAAACUCUACUUAAAUUCCCUUUGACCCCUAUUAAUGCAACUUGGAUUUUAGAAACAUUAAACGGAUUGAUAAAAGCAAAAAAAGUAAAAUUAUUGGCAUUGAUUACAAUUGAAUGUUGUUCAAUUGUUUUAAAACAAAUGUUUUUAGUUGAUUUAAUGGUUGGAGCAUUUUCAAUUGUAGAGAAAAUGUUAUUGGGAUAUCAAAGUUCACCUGAAGCAUAUCAUCAGGUGAUUUGGAUGUUUCCAUCAAUGAUUGAAUUUUUAAAUGUAUUGGAAAAACAACAACAACAUUAUAAUGAUCAAAAGAAAUUACAAUUAAUCGAUCAAGAUCAAGACAUUGAUAAUAAUAAUGAUAGUAAUGAUGUACAAGCAAUACCUCAUUCACUUCAAACAUUAGUACAUAAUAUAACAAAAACAAAAGAUAGAAAACAAUUAUUAUUAAUGGCAUUAAAAGAAUCAAAUCAAUAUUUUAAUCAAAAUAAUAUUAAUAACAAUAAUAAUAAUAAUAAUGAAAGAAAAAAAAAGAAUAUGAUUACAACAAUUUCAAAAAUAUCAUCAAUUAGAAAGAAUUUUGUACAAUUAUCAAUGAUAUUAAUGGAUCAUCAUAUGGGGUUUCCAGAAUUAUAUACUCCAUUGGCUGAGAUGUUGGUAAGGUCAGCUUCAGAUAUUCCACGUCCAUCGAUUUUUGAAGCAAAGAAAAGGUUACAAGAGAAUGCUUGGAGUGUAUUGGAGAAUGUGUUUUAUGAAAAGACAGUGAUUGGUCGUACCGGAUUACCCGAUCGUGGUGGACUAAAUAAUCUUGGAAACACAUGUUAUAUGAACUCUUUUAUUCAAUCUCUCUACAUGACCGUCCCCAUUAGAAAAUAUUUUAUCAAUUCAACUGUUGGACAACAUCAACAACAACAACAAGAUAGUAAUAAUAAUAAUAACAAUACAACAGUUGGAGGAUCAUUAGUAUUGGAUAAAUUUCAAGAGUGGAAUGAAGCAUCUAUAAAACAAAUUAUGAAUAGACCUCCAAUCAUUCGACAAUUACAAUUAUUAUUUGGGUAUCUCUUCAUGUCGAUUAAACAAGCAGUCUCACCAACCCAAUUCCUUCGAACUCUACCACCAAUGUACAUGUCUGGAGAACAACAAGAUUCAUUUGAAUUUGGUCGUUUCCUUUUAGAACAAAUUGAUGAAUUAUUAAAACAAUUAGAUCCUUUAAACAAGAAAGAAAAGAAAGAAGAAGAAGAAAAAGAAAAGGAAAAAGAAAAGAAAGAUAAAGAAGAAAAGAAAACAGUUCCAACAAUAAUAACUGAUACAUUUAGUGGACAUUUGGUACAAAGUGUAACAUGUAAUCAUUGUAAAACCAUAUCAAAGAAAAAGGAGGAUUUUUUAGAAUUAUCUCUUUCAUUUUCUCAUUAUGGAGAGAAUACUAGUGGUUAUGACAAUAAUAACAAAUCAACAUCGGUCAGUUCAUUGAUUGAUUAUUUCUUUUCAAAAGAAUUAUUACAUGGCAAUGAAAAAUAUCAUUGUUCAAAAUGUGAUUCUUUACAAGACGCUGAAAAGACUGUACAAAUGCAAUAUCCUCCUCCCAAACAUUUAAUAUUGGCAAUUAAACGUUUCUACUAUAACCAACAAACAAAAUCAAUUUCAAAGCUAUUAAAUAAUGUUGAAUAUUCAGAAAAAUUAAUUAUACCAAAACAUUAUUUUAAUCAAGAAAUAGAAGAAGAAGAAGAAGAAAAAGAAACGGAAGAAAAAGAAGAAAUGAAAGAAGAAGAAGAAAUGAAAAAGAAGAAGAAGAAGAAAAUAAUAAUUAAAGACGUAGAAUAUCAAUUAUAUGCAGUUAUAUUUCAUUCUGGAUCAAGUGUUAAUUCAGGACACUAUUUCACCUAUGCCAAACCAUCAAAUUCAAAAGAACAAGAUUGGUGUCUGUUCAAUGAUAGCAAUGUACAAUUAUCAGAUUUCAACUCUUUCUACAACAUUCCAUUAAGAUUCCACAGCGAUACACCAUAUAUAUUAUUUUAUAAAAGAGUGGAUGACGAUGAUGACGACGGUCAAUUAAAUAGCAACAACCAAACGAUAAAACAAACGAUAUCAUUGACACCAGAGGUUGACCAAAUAUCACCUUGGAUCAAAAGUGAUGUUCUCCGAGACAACUCAACCAUGCAAAGAAAUGAUAAUUUAAAACCUACCGAUUCUAUAAAAUAUAAAAAUGAGAUCUAA